UAAAUAUUAAAUAUGUUAAAUCAAGAAGGCCAGUCUUGCGACCCUAAGGAGGAACAGAUGUCAGAGCAGAAUAGCUCUGGUCGUGAUCAUUCCUAUUUUAGUGCCCUUCUAGCCUCUCGUACUAGAUUCUGAAAGCAUGAGGGAUCUUGUUGCAUUAAUGUAGUGAAAGGGCUUCUGAAGGGAGCCACCAUUGGACUGUCAAUAAAGGGCAGUAUAAGUCUUUUAAUAAAGCUGAUAAAAACAAGGGACUUAGUGAAAUCUAUGAAGGGAGUUUUGACAAAAGACACGGCUAGAUUUGGCCUCUUCUUUGCUCUGCUGCCGUCGCUUUAUAAACUGUUUCUCUGUAUAUUAAGAGCUAAGAGGAAUACUGAUGAUAAGUAUAACUCGAUUAUCGCUGGAAUCAUCAGUUCUUUGGCAGCAUUCCUAGACCAAAAUUCUGGGAGGAGGAAACUAUUUAUUUACUAUUUCUUUGCUAGAGCUUUCUAUUCAGCUGUGAUGAUGAUGAAGCACCAUCAAGUAGCUCCUAUUCCAAAUAACUGGGGGCUUCUGAUCUAUGUUUUUAUGUCAAAUGUCCUCUCAUUCUGGAUUUUCUACGACUGGGAUGUUGUUCCUCGAAGCUUGUACAACAUUGCAAGCAAAAGGGCGGGAUUUAGCUAUAAUGACAGACUCAUGGUAGAAUUUGUAUUCAGAGAGAAAGGGAAACUGUAAUUUAUUAUGACCUUUAUAAUAUCUUACAUCAACUUUUAUUCCACUUUUGCUGCAACUUGUUAUAAGUUUUGUAAAACUUCUCCAAAUUAAGACUG